CUGUCAUUUGAUUAUAGGUGUAGAAAAUUAAAUAUUCCAUAUAUAUGUUUUCUCUAUGAAGCCAAGUUACUAAAUUCUCAUUUUCUUACUUUAUUGCAUUUAUAAUAAGGUCAAAUGUAUGACACACUUAAUGAUAUAAAUAAUGUCUGAUUUGAAAAAAAAAAAGAAUUACUAAGGUAGCAUAGUUAAAAGGCUACUCAAUUUAUCCGCUUACAUAUUACAAAUCUUUUAAAAUAUAAUAAUGGGUGAACAAAAAGCAGUAAUCAAAAAUGCUGAUAUGUCAGAAGAUAUGCAACAAGAUGCUGUUGAUUGUGCUACACAAGCUUUAGAAAAAUAUAAUAUCGAAAAAGAUAUAGCAGCAUUCAUUAAGAAAGAAUUUGACAAGAAAUACAAUCCUACAUGGCAUUGUAUUGUUGGGAGAAAUUUCGGAAGUUAUGUGACGCAUGAAACCAAACAUUUCAUCUAUUUUUACUUGGGACAACAAGCAAUUCUUCUCUUCAAAUCUGGUUAAUUCGGAGAAAGUCAAGACAACAAGAGAAAUACCAUCAGAAACCAAAACAAACAUUGUAACGCACAUCUGAUCAUUAUGCAUUCAGCGUAACCCAAUUAACUUCACAAACACAAUUUUCUGUAGUAAUUCAUCUUUCUAAGAACAAACACAGAAUAAUAUACAGUUUGAACGAAGACCACAAAACAGAACAGAAUGUAUAUUAGUAUAACUGCGAUUGUGUUUCCACAUUGUCUUUUGUACUGGUUGAUCUAUUAUCAUAUUAUUGUCAGUGUGUGUGUGCUUUUGUGUGUGGUAAUUUUGUAUGUGUUAGUGUUUUAAAAUCGAAAUUGAAACAUCUUCAUUAUUAGUAAACAAUUCAAAUAAACAGUUAUUCGUGCAGAAGAA